GGUCAUCCGGGAGGAGCUCAGAGUAGAACCGCUGCUCCUCCGCAUCGAAAGGAGCCAGAUGAGGUGGCUGGGGCAUCUGAUUGGGAUGCCUCCCGGACUCCUCCCCGGUGAGGUGUUCCGGCACGUCCCGCCGGGAGGAGACCCCGGGGGCUGGCCCGGGAACGCCUCGGGAUCCCCCCGGAAGAGCUGGAUGAAGUGGCUGGGGAGAGGGAAGUCUGGGCGUCCCUGCUAAAGCUACUGCCCCCGCGACCCGACCCGGAUAAGCGGUGGAAAAUACAUGGAUGGAUGACAAAUUAUAAAAAUGCAUCAGUCAUUGUUUUGUAGCACUCCUUUUUUCGCUACAAUAUAAUGCAAUGAUUUCACAAGUUGGAAGCAACCACAAGAGGGCGCUAUCAGUUCAGCCCAACUAGUUAGCGGCCUAAAUGGGCUGCAGUACACAUGCAGAGUCAACGCUGAGCCCACUUGACUGCAUUCUACUCAGCAAGGUGAUACAAGAAGAGAUUCUAUUAUACGUGUACUUGAUUCGAAUCGACUACAUUCUACUACACUAGUUUCAACUCGACAGGUUUGUGGUAGACGAGAUUCUACCCGACUAGAUUCUACUUUUUUGCCAGCUUUUUUGGAACAUGUUGCAGCCAUAAAAUUCUAAGUUCAUGAUUAUUUGCUAAAAACAAUCAAGUUGAUCAGUUUGAACAUGAAAUAGCUUGUCUUUGUAGUGUAUUCAAUUCAAAAUAGGUUGAACAUGAUUUGCAAAUCAUUGUAUUCUGUUUUUAUUUAUGUUUAACACAACUUCAUCGGAAUUGGGGUUGUACAAUGCAGCCCCACCAUUCGUGGGCGAUCGAGACGGAGCGAUGCCACGAAUAGCCAAAAGCCGCUCGAAAUUGAAGAAGUUUUGUAACUGUGCAGUAAUGCCACAAAAUGGCUUCAAAACACUAUUUUUGGUCUCAACUCAAGAAGAGAAUCGCGCUGUUUUUGCCCUCAUUUGCCCCUUUCCGACCAAGAACAUCAAACUACAGACCAUCUUAUGUCCGAGGAGAUUACCCUGGAAAAUUGUCCUCAGGUCUGAAUGGAUUUGUCCCGAUAAUAAGGUCUAAAAUGGGUCGGGCCCGACAAUUUUAAAUAUUGAACGGGUUCAAUAUUUACAAUCAAAAACCGAUUCUACAAGACUACAUUGUACUAGAACGGAUUCCGGUAGAAUACGUGCUACUUGACUAAGUCUACUCAAUGAUAAUCUAAUAGAAUAGAUUCCACGAGACUUGAUCCUAAAAUUCUAGAUCUCCGAGACUACUUUCGACUGGAGCGGUUUCUGCCUGACUCGCUUUUAGAACAUGAGAUGGGAUUCCUCUGGGCUAGAUUCUACUCGACACGUUUCAACUCAAACAGCUUCGGAAUACUUUGAUUCCUUGAAUGAAAUGCUGCCCGGUUGCAACAUGGGAAUUGUAGUUCUUAUUCAUCCCUUGGAUGCACUUCCCUUCCUCCCUCUUCUCCUUUGUGGAACUCCCUGACGAAGCCGUCCCCUCCCCUCGCUGGAAUCAAGCGUUCGCGUGGAUGUGUGUGUGUCAUCACACAAAAAAAGAAUGAAUGGUGCAAAGGAUGGAGGGAUAAAAGGAGUGGAGGAUGCAAGAAAGGAAGGCAAGAAGUCAUGUCUGCUGACUCUUCAAGUGCACAAUUUACACGCACACAUUGUGAGUGUGUGUGUGUGCUGCAAGCGCUGUGAUUGGCUGAAGCAGGACAGGAGGAGGCUGCAGAGGAGGCGAGGCUACAAAGAGUGCGUGUUCCAUCUCGAGGUGUGUGCGUGCGUGCGUGCGUGUUGCGUGAGUGAGUGAGUGAGACGAAACCUGAACUGACUUUCUUUGUGUGGCAUGACGCUUCCCGUUAGCGACGUUCACGCCUAGCCGUGUGUUAGCCGUGUGCGCGAGUGCGUGCGUGCGUGCGUGAGCCCCCCGGUGAGGAUGGAGCGCUUCCUGGCUCUCCUGCGCCUGCUCCAGAGGAGGCGCAGGAGGAGGUACCGCGCCGACGACGACUACCAGGAAGGUUACGACGACGUCUACUUCUACACCAGCAAGUACCACACGCGCCUGCUCCAUGAAGGUCCGUACAGCAAAGACUCGGCGGGCUCGCGACCGUCAGACGGCGCGCUGGCCAUCAGGAGGCAGAGCAUACCAGGUAAUGCUAAUGCUAAUGCUAACUCCCUGGAAAAAAAUGAAAGCGACGACGCGUUCUCCCCAGACGAGUUCCGGGGAUGCACGCUGGUGGAGUUGAUGAAGAAGGAGGGCACCACGCUGGGGCUGACCGUGUCGGGCGGCAUCGACAAGGACGGGAAGCCGCGGGUGUCCAACCUGAGGCAAGGAGGAAUCGCCGCCAGGAGCGACCAGCUGAACGUCGGCGACUACAUCCGCUCGGUGAACGGCAUCAACUUGGCCAAGUUCCGUCACGACGAGAUCAUCAGUCUGCUGAAGAACGUGGGCGAGCGGGUGCUGCUGGAGGUGGAGUACGAGCUGCCGCCCGUCUCCGUGCAGGGUUCGGGCGUCACGUUCAAGACGGUGGAGGUGACGCUCCACAAGGAAGGGAACAGCUUCGGAUUCGUCAUCAGAGGCGGAGCCAGCGAAGACAGGAACAAGUGUCGGCCCGUCGUCAUAGCAACCGUACGCUCAGGAGGGCCAGCUGACAGGGAGGGCAGCAUCAAACCUGGCGAUCGUCUGCUGAGCAUCGACGGCAUCCGUCUCCACGGCAACACGCUGGCGGAGGCCAUGAGCGUCCUGAAGCAGAGCGGCCAGGAAGCGACCGUGCUGCUGGAGUACGACGUCUCCGUCAUGGACUCCGUGUCCUCGGCUUCGGGUCCUCUGCUGGUGGAGGUCGCCAAGGCGACGGGCUCCAGCCUGGGCGUGGCUCUGUCUUCGUCCAUGUUUUGCAGCAAGCAGGUCAUCGUCAUUGACAAAGUUAAACCGGCCAGCAUAGCCGACAGGUGCGGCGCUCUCUACGCAGGAGAUCACAUCCUGUCCGUGGAUGGCAAAUCUAUGGAGUUCUGCUCUCUGGCCGAAGCCACGCAGCUGCUGUCCGCCUCCUGCCACAACGUCCGCAUGGAGAUCCUGCCCCAGCACCAGGCCCGACCGGCCCUGAACGCACCGCAGCAAGUCAAGGUGCAGCGUUCUGCCCGCCCCCUCCCCUGGGAGACGGGAACCUCCGCCCCCAUCCUCCCCCCUUACCACUACAACACGUACCACCCUGACCAAUCGGGCGCCAGGUCGCACAACCGCCAUACAAACAACCCGUCGUUGGGCCACACGUUCUCUCCGGGCUCCAUGUCGGCGUACAGUCUGUCGUCGCUCAACAUGACCAUCCCGAGGAACGCGUACCCCACGAGUCCGCGGGGCACGCUCAUGAGGAAGAAGCACAAGAAGAAGGACUUCAAGAGCUCCUUGUCCCUGGCGUCCAGCACAGUGGGGCUGGCCGGUCAGGUGGUCCACACGGAGACCACGGAGGUGACGUUGCUCGGCGACGGCGUCGUGGGCUUCGGCCUGCAGCUGCAAGGCGGCGUCUUCGCCACCGAGACGCUCUCGUCGCCGCCGCUCAUCGCUUACAUCGACCCCGACAGUCCUGCCGAAAGAUGUGGCAUCCUGCAGAUCGGCGACAGGAUCUUGUCCAUAAAUGGAGUUCCUACAGAAGACUCCACUUUGGAAGAAACCAAUCAGCUGCUCAGAGACUCCUCCAUUACUGCACAACUCACCUUGGAGAUCGAGUUUGACGUGGCUGAAUCGGUCAUCCCGUCGUCCGGAACGUUCCAUGUGAAGCUCCCCAAGAAACCGGGAGUGGAGUUGGGGAUCACCAUCAGCUCGCCAUCGAACAGAAAAGCAGGAGACCCUCUCAUCAUUUCGGACAUCAAGAAGGGCAGCGUUGCUCACAGGACGGGGACGCUGGAGCUGGGAGACAAGCUGCUGGCCAUCGACAACAUCCGCGUGGAGACGUGCUCCAUGGAGGAGGCCGCGCAGAUCCUGCAGCAGUGCGAGGAGCUCGUCAAGCUCAAAAUACGCAAAGACGAGGACAACUCCGACGAGCAGGAGGUGUCGGGGAGCAUCAUCUACACGGUGGAGCUGCAACGCUACGGAGGCCCGCUGGGGAUCACCAUCUCGGGCACCGAGGAGCCUUUCGACCCCAUCGUCAUCUCCUCGCUCACCAAGGGAGGCCUGGCAGAGAGGACCGGCGCCAUCCACGUGGGCGACCGCAUCUUGGCCAUCAACAGCAGCAGCCUGAAGGGCAAACCCCUGAGCGAGGCCAUCAGUCUCCUGCAGCAGGCGGGCGAGACGGUCACGCUCAAGAUCAAGAAGCACGGCGAGCUGUCCAGUCCCAAGUCGCGCGCGAUCGGCGAGGGAGGGGAGGAGCCGCUCAUCGUGGCGGCGCCCCCUUCGGGGCAGAGGAUGUUCGGCACGCUGCCGUCCGUCGACAGCGCAGUCGAGUCCUGGGACGGUUCCAACAUGGACGCCAGCUUCACCAGCCCGGUUCCUUCCUUCCAGUCGUCACCGUUCACCUUCCACGAGUGGCGCGACGCCAAGACGAGCAACAACCAAUCGCCCGCCUCCUCUCGCCAGAGAACCGAUCCGCCGUCAGACCUGUCAGGCCUCCACGACGACUGGGAACACGCCGCGCUCGGCGGGUUCACGGUUGGUCAUGACGGGACAGAACCGGACCAGGAGGAGAACUUCUGGUCUCAGGCUCUGGAGGAUCUGGAGACGUGCGGACACAGUGGAAUCCUCAGAGAGCUGGAGGAGCCGGAAAAGGAGAGGCGGCACCUCACUGGGGCAACCAUCAUGUCCGGCUCCACCCUCAGUCUGAACCACGAGCCGGUGCACUCUCGAACCUCGUUGGGCCGCCAGGCCAGCUUCCAGGAACGCAGCAGCACCCGCCCCCAGGCGACCCCGCGCUCCAACACCUUGCCCUCCGACCCCCAGCGCCGAGCCUUCGCCAUGAAGAAGAUGAGACAGGAAGUCAACGACAUCCUCAACCAGACGCCGGUCGAACUUCACAAGCUAACUCUGGAAAAGUCUUCCGACUCGGACGACUUCGGCUUCAGCGUGUCGGACGGCGUUGUGGAUCGCGGCGUUUACGUCAACAACAUUCGCGGCGGCGGCCCGGCGGAGCGCGGAGGCCUGCGAGCGUACGACCGCCUCCUGCAGAUCAACCACGUGCGCACUCGGGACUUCGACUGCUGCCUGGUAGUUCCGCUCAUCGCCGAGUCGUCGAACCGCUUGGAUCUGGUCAUCAGCCGAAACCCCGCCAACCCGCUGACCAAUCACACGGAAGGCACCGUCGACAGCCACGCCCUUCAGCCAAUCGGCAACCAGAAGGAAGCGUGCGAGGACUCCAGCGAGGACGGCGCGCCAAUCAAGUGGAAGAAACCCGGGGACGGUCUGGGGGCCGGGCUAGUCACCAACACUUCCGUAUAGGGCCCGCUUGGUGCUACACACAACCUCUGAACUUUGACCUGCUAAGGCAGCCUGAAAGCACACCCACACUUCCUGGUCUUCAUCCUGAUCUGGAUUCUGAUCCUACUCGUGUCCCACUGGAACCCCUGAUCUCAUUCCUGAUCUCUACUCCAGAUUGCACUAUGGAUCCUGAUCUCACUUGAAAUCUUGAUCUCACUACUGAUCCUAAUCUCGCUCUUGAGAUCCUGAGCUCACUACUGAUCCUGAUUCCACUCCAAAUCCUGAUCUUACUACUGAUCCUGAUCUCACUCCUGAUCCGAGUCCAAAUCCACAUCCCACAACAGAGACUGAUCACAGUCUGAAUCCUGAUCUCACAACUGAUUCCAAUCCCAUUCCUGAUCCCAAUCACAUUCCUGAUCGCCAACUCCAGACCCAACUGGACCCCCGACCCUUUCCGGUCCUCAGGGGGCGUGGUUGGCCAGUGUGGCAGGAAGCAGAAAUCCAACUGAAGCACAGCAGCAGCACAAAGACUGAUGAUGGGUCGCCAUUUCCAACCUUCGGGCUGCACGUCGCAACGGAGACGACCAACUACAGACGGACGGAUUUCUACUGGUCCAAAGUGAUUGGAUCAUCCGUAUCGGAAUUUGACUUGUGUGCCAUGAAAAUGCUCCUGGAGGGAUGUUCAAGAAAAUAUAUAGAAAACUAAUAAUUGUGAUGAUGACACUGACAGACACUGAGCAGUUUAAAUUAUUUGUUUUUGUUGACACACGUUGACUGGCCACACUGUGUGUCUGUGUGUGUCUGUGUGUGUGUCUGUGUGCGUUGUCACGUUUGGCCAGCUCGGCCUCACCCCGUUAACCCCUCCCCUCACUGUCCCUUAGCCAAUAAGCAGGCAGGCAGGAUGACACAUUCAGCAGGAUUGGCUGGAACCAAUCAAUCAAAAACGUCACCUGACUCUGAUUGGUUCCCUUCCCCGACCCCACACACACACCAAUGAGCAUGACCCCGCCCCUCCCUCCAGUAACUGUGAUCAAUUAUGCUAAUCAAUUGUGUGUUUUGAUUGACUCGUCACUUUUCUCUGUUUGUUUCCAUGACGACUGGACCUCACAAUAUGUCAAAAAACAAAGGUAGAGUCCUCGUCGUCUGUGGUUUCCAUGAAAACAUUUUGACAUUUUAGAAAACGUUGUGACACAUUUGUGACAUCAACAUUUAGCUGCUAGCGCUCGCCUCGUUAGAAAGUCGACAUUUUCAUAAGCGACCGAUCAGAAGCCUCUGGAAAAAAAAAAAAAAAAAAAAAUGCUGCUCUGUGCUCGAGAUGGAAGAGUUGUGAUUAGCUGUCGUUUGCGUGGGUGCGAUUGAUCGUUCUACUUGACUUAACUUAGCCGUCUAGCUGUUUGAAGCACAGCGCCCACUAGUGGCUAGCAACAAAGCGCACACAGCUAGCUUGUGGCUAACAAGACACUUAGCACAAGGCUAACACAGGGCUAACAUAAGUUAGAACAUGGCUCAGCUAACAACAUAAGAUUUAGUUACAGGGCUAAUAAUUGGGUAAACAUAGUUGAUUAGCAUGGCUAAUGUUUGACUAACCCAACCUCACGCUCAAGCUACACCUAAUUAGAUGUAAUCAGCAUCAGUCAGGUAGGCUAACUCCUGGAAAAACGUGUAAGCACUGGGCUAAUUAGAUUAUUAGCACAAGGCUAACGUCAGCUGUAUUGAGAAUGGAUCAGUUAGAACAUACCUCAGCUAACAAAGCUAAUACAAAUAAGAUGCGUGUUCACAUCAGUCACAGGGAUAACAAUCAGGUGAACAAAGCUCAUUAGCAUCUGGCUAAUGUUUGGCUAACCCAACUUCAUGACUAUACAAUGCUAAUAUGGCUACUAAAAAGAACAGCAGAUCUUUAAUGAGAAGUAUUUACCAGUUAGCUAGGCUAACACCUGAUUUUAUUUUUUUAUUUUUUUUAAUCACAAGAUCCAAACAGCUGAGCAAUCGGGUUAGCACGAGACUAAUUAGCGCUCUAGCACGACUGAGCUAACUUUAUGACAAAGAGUUAGCAUUGACAAUUUCCACCAAUAGAAAGGAGCCGAGGGGCCUUAGGGGCGUGGCUUCAGGAAUACACGCCAUAAAGCCAUACACACACACACACACAUUCACUCACACACACUGUGUUUGCACGCGUGUAUUGCGUGUGCACGUGCGUAACGUUGGAAGAAUUUACCCACGCGCGCGCAUUGCACUGCCAUUGGAAAAGGAGAGUUGACUUCCAUGUAGCUUCACCAACCAAACAACAAACAAAGAAGUGAACCAACGUCUUUUGUUUCAGGAACACGGACGAUGUUGUAAAGUAUUUUUGUACAAAUUUCAUACUUUGGUAGCAUGAUGUUCCUGCUGUCUCCACCUUCUUUGUGUGGACGACGACUGAGCAACAAUAAACACCAACUACUCAUGACGCCUUUACCACA